AUGAGCUCAAUCUUCAAGCUCAACGAUCUGGAGGAGUUAACUUUGAAUGCAGAGCAGAUACAAGAUGAUUUAUUGAAGGAGAUACUCACACUUAACAACAACACAGAAUAUCUCCGACGGUUUCUCCAUGGAAGCUCUGAUAAACAACUGUUCAAGAAAAACGUACCAUUGGUGAGUUAUGAAGAUGUGAAUCCUUAUAUCGAACGUGUCGCUAAUGGAGAGCCUUCCGAUGUGAUUUCGGGUGGACCUAUUACUAGAUUCCUCCGAAGCUCCGGAACUUCAGGAGGGAAACAAAAGAUCUUUCCUGUGAACGAUCUGUUCAUUGAGCAGUUGGGAAAUGUUUUUGCUCUACGCUCUCGCGUUAUGUCCAAGCAUUUCGGUGACAACCGUGCCGAGCAAGGAAAGACAAUGGAGUUUCAUUACACUAAACCGGAAUCAACAACUUCCUCUGGUUUACCAGUUGCUGCAGCGUUUACAAGUUUUUUCAAGAGCGAUUAUUUCAAAAACCGGCCAACUAAAUCUCAGUCCGAGUACACAAGCCCCGACCAAGUCAUAUUGUGUGCAGACAACAAGCAAAGUUUGUACUGUCAUCUUCUAUGCGGACUCUCCCAAAGAGACGAGGUUGUGAAAAUUGGUGCUACUUUUGCUCACGCCUUGGUCCGAGCAAUCGAUUUUCUUGAAAGCAACUGGAAAGAGCUGUGUAGUAAUAUCCGGUUAGGUCAUGUCAGCGAGUGGAUCACCGACAUUAACUGCAGAAGCUCUGUUUCGGUCAUCAUCGGUCGACCUAAUCCAGAGCUGGCUGAUCUGAUUGAACAAGAAUGUAGCCAAAAGUCAUGGGAAGGUAUAAUCACAAGGCUUUGGCCUAAAGCCAAAUGUAUUCAAUGCGUUCUUACAGGACAAAUGGCUCAAUACAUUCCAAUAUUGGAGUUUUAUUCAAACAAACUUCCUCUAGUUUCCACAGUUUAUGGGUGUUCUGAAGGUAUAUUUGGGUUGAACGUGAAUCCUCUUUGCAAACCACAAGAUGUGUCCUACAUAUUUGUGCCCAACACUUCCUACUUCGAGUUCUUACCUGUCGAUCGCCAGGGAGACAGCAUGAGCAGCAUUGUCGAUCUCGUGGACGUCAAGUUAGGGUGCUACUAUGAACCUGUGGUCACUACUUAUUUCGGUCUAACCAGAUGUGUGGUUGGAGAUAUCUUACAGGUGUCUGGAUUUUACAAUAACACACCUCAAUUUAGAUUCGUACGCAGAAAGAACACGGUUCUAAGCGUGGAAACGGAGACCACAACAGAAGAGGACAUACUAAAGGCGUUGGCUCAUGCGACUUCGGUUCUUGAGUCGUCAAGUUUGAUGUUGAUGGAGUUCACAUGCUAUGCUGAUAUCUCAACUUUUCCAGGUCACUACGUUUUCUACUGGGAGCUCAAAGGGAAAGACGUUGUUGGGCUUGAUGAGAAAGUAUUGGUGGAGUGUUGCUCUGUGUUAGAGGAAUCGUUUGUUUCUGCUUAUAAAAUCAAGAGAAGAACUGGAUUAAUUGGGGCUUUAGAGAUAAAGGUUGUGCAGCAAGGAACAUUCGAUUCUCUCAUGGAAUAUUUCAUCUCCCGAGGUGGUUCGAUGGCUCAAUACAAGACACCCAUUUGCAUCAACUCUCCUGAAGCCUUAGCGGUUCUUGAAAACAAGGUUCUUGCUCGAUUCUACAGUGAAAGAUCUCCACCUCUCGACUCAUAG